CCAAUUUUCCUUCCUCAAAUUUCGAGUUUCCCUCCCCUGGUAGACCUAGGUAUUUCUGUCCCUCUCCCAAAUCUCCAAAAUUGGAGUUGAUUUUGCUAAAACUCAAAAACCCAUUCGAACCUAAUUGCCAAAUUCAUUUCCUCAACUUUAAUCCAUCAAUGAUAGGAGGUAAAUAGGUGAGUUUGUGUUGAUUUUAGGUGAUUUCUUCCUAAUCCUCUUUGUUUCUCCUCUCUACUCUGCAACUUUCUUUUGUGCCGUUAGUGCGUCAAGGUUCUGCAUAAUCAAGGGAUUUGGUGUUGGAGAAUAAGGGGUACAGGGGAGAGAGGUUAUUGCUCUAGAUCUACUUGAAACUCGUUUCUCCCUUUUUCUACCGCUAUUUCCGUCUCUCAUCUCUUGAUUUCAUUGUUUCCUGAGGUUCUAAGGCCCCAUCUGGUGAAGCUUCAUGGCUUCUAAGUGGAUUGUGAAGGAACUCAAGGAUUUGCAAAAGGUAAAGGAAAACCCAGGGCCAAUAAGUGGAGGCCUGGCUCCCAUAUACGAUGCCGCAGGGAAGAUACCAGACAGAGGCAUAGUUUGAGAUUUGUUGGUCAAUUAUAUGGACACCACAUGUUAGUGUCAUUUCCAAACAUAGGUGGAGCAAAUCAAAGUUAUCUUUGUUGGGCUAUCCCUUUCUCAAUGUUUGUGGAGAAAUGAGACUAAAUGUAUUAUCUGUUUGAUCUAUGUUCAAAACUAUUAUUGAUUAUUAUCCUAAUUAAUUUUGUCUACUUCUUAUGUAGUGUGCUUCCAGUUACUUUUGUUUCUUUGACCUUUGUUAAUCUUUUCUUUUGCACCUAGAUUUAUCAGAACUCCUAAACUUAGGGAGGUUGUUGGGUAUGGUCAGACAUGAAUGUUAGUGAAUGUUAAUUUUGCAUGUAAUGUCAUUUUUUAUAAUAAAUUUCUGUAAAAUCU